CAUACAUGGUUUUUAUCAAAGAUUCAUGAUGAAUUUAGAGGUGGAAAAAUUAAUCUAGAUAAAACUGUGAAAUUACUUGGAAAAUUAGAUAUCCACUGUGAUAUUUCUCAUGUGAAAUAUAUUUUUAAGAAUGCUGACAGGGAGAAGCAAGGAAAAAUCACCAUAGAAGAAUUUAGAGCAAUUUAUCGAACUAUUGCACACAGAGAAGAAAUUAUGGAGAUUUUCAAUACAUAUUCUCCAAAUCGGAAAAUUCUCUUCGAAAAAAAUCUCGUUGAAUUUCUAAGGCAAGAGCAGUAUAUAAAUGAAAUGACCAGAACGAUUGCUUAUGAGAUUAUUCAAAAAUAUGAGCCCAUUGACGAAGUUAAGAAGCACAAACAGAUGUCAGUUGAAGGUUUUACAAGAUACAUGGAUUCACCUGAAUGCUUUCUGUUUAAAAAUGAGUGCAGAAAUGUUUAUCAAGAUAUGACUUAUCCAUUAUGUGAUUAUUUUAUCUCAAGCUCACAUAACACAUACUUGGUAUCUGAUCAAUUAAUGGGACGAAGUGACCUUUGGGGAUACAUAAGUGCCCUUCUGAAAGGAUGCCGUUGUCUAGAAAUUGACUGCUGGGAUGGGUCACAAAAUAAGCCCAUUGUCUACCAUGGUUAUACACUUACCAGCAAGAUUCUAUUUAAGACAGUGAUCCAAGUGGUACACAAAUAUGCAUUUUUGACAUCUGACUACCCAGUGGUGCUCUCUUUAGAAAAUCACUGCUCCCCCGCCCAACAGGAAGUGAUGGCAGAUGAUUUGCAGACAAUUUUGGGAGAUACUCUGCUGUCUGAUAUGCUUGACGAUUUUCCAGACAAACUACCAUCACCAGAGGCAUUAAAAUUCAAAAUAUUGGUCAAAAACAAGAAAAUAGGAACCUUAGGGCAAACACGAGAGAGGCGAGGUUCUAAUAAGCAUGGCCAGGUAGAGGUAUUAGAAGAAGAAGAAACAGAUCAAGACGAUGAGGACGAUUCUGUAUCUGAUGAUGAAAAUCCUGGAAAGGAAAUUGAUUUUAAAAAGAAAAAUCAAGAAAAAGAAAUGAAAAUAGCGUUGGCUCUCUCAGAUCUCGUCAUUUAUACAAAAGCUGAGAAGUUCAAAACCUUUGAGCAUUCAAGAGUAUAUGGGCAAUUUAAUGAAACGAAUUCUAUUGGAGAGUUAAGAGCUCGAAAACUUUCAAAGCUGAGAGCACAAGACUUUAUUUUACACACCAGGAAGUUCAUUACAAGAAUAUAUCCCAAAGCAACAAGAACAAACUCUUCUAACUAUAAUCCUCAGGAAUUUUGGAAUUUAGGUUGCCAAAUGGUGGCAUUAAAUUUCCAGACCCCUGGUCUGUCAAUGGACCUACAAAAUGGAAAAUUUUUGGACAAUGGUGGUUCAGGAUAUAUUCUGAAACCACAUUUCUUAAGAGAGAGUGAAACAGACUUUAAUCCAAAUGACUUAUUUAAAGACAGUAAGCCACUUACACUUACAAUAAGGCUCAUCAGUGGUAUCCAGCUUCCUUUUUAUUCAUCAAGCAAAACCGACACACUAGUAAUAAUAGAAAUAUUUGGUGUUCCAGCUGAUCAAACGAAAGAACAGAGUCGUAUAAUUAAAAAGAAUGCCUUUAGCCCACAAUGGAAUGAAACAUUCACAUUUACUAUGCAUGUACCAGAAUUGGCAUUGAUACGGUUUGUUGUUGAAAAUCGAGGUCUAAUAGGUGGAAAUGAAUUCCUCGGGCAAUUCACUUUACCAGUUUUAUGCUUGAACAAAGGGUACCGUCGUGUUCCUCUGUUUGGAAAGUCAGGUGACAGUCUGGAGCCGGCUUCACUGUUUAUCUAUGUUUGGUACGUCAGAUAA